CCACAUAAACCUCGGAGGCUCUUGGGCCCGCAACUCGCAAGAGCCAACGGCAACGCCAUGGCCGCCGCCGCCGCCUCCGCUCCCGGCGGCAACCACGCGCGCCGGCGGCAGUGGCGGUACACGUGGGAGGCGCUGGCCCACCUCCCGGUCCUCCGCCUCUACGUCUUCCCCCGCCCCGCGCUCCCGGCCGCCAUCCCCUUCGGUGGCCUCUGCACCGACCUCCGCCUCGAGGACUCCCUCCUUAUCCUCUCCUUCUCGCUCGCCGGGGAGGACCACCUCGUCGCCCUCAGGGUCCCCGUCCCCAGGGUGCUCGUCGACCCCGCCGCCCCCGUCGAGUGCCGCACCGCGGGGGACCACGUCGAGGUCCGCCUCGCGCUCGUCCUCCCCGUCGACCACCCCGUCGUCGCCGCCGCGUUCCCGCCGCCGCACGGCGCGGAGCCUCCCGCGCCGCUCGCGGUGCGCGAUGAUAUGAAGACUCUUUCUACUGGAGACGUUCAUUUGUAUUGCAAGAAUUGCUCAGCAAGGUUGACAAAACAGCCACUGAGGAAAAUCAUGGAAAUGCCAUCUGUGAACUGGGAAGAGGUGGCUGACAAUUGGUUCGGUGGAUGUUGCACCUCGUUUGGUGGUGCAGGCGAGAAGCUUGUAGCUCAGUUUAUUAACGCAUAUGGUCGUUUAGAGGGAACAAGUCUACUGGAUACAACUGCCAUUACUAUAGAAACAGACUCUCUUGAGGCAGAUUUAGUGGCUCAGGUAGCUUGUUCGGCGCUUAGUAGUGAUUUUGUUGAUGUAAAAGAAGCUACAUCUGAUAUUAGUGCAGGAAAAGAUCAUACCACUGGGAAGAUAAAAUUGAAGAAUUCAGAAGAGCAAGCAAAUAUCACUGCUGCUCAUGCACAACCUCCAUUAAUUUUCGACGAGGGACCUAGUGUUAGUAGUAGUGAUACAAAUGGAGACACUCUUCAGACUGAUCAAUCUGGCACUUGUCAGAUGGAAAUUGAUAUUGAUCUGAACUUUAUGAAGUCUAAAAAUGACUGUUGCGUUGAGAACAUGGAUGAAUCUAACAAAGAGGUCGAUUUGUCGAUGGUAGAUCCAUGCAAUUGCUGUUGUGCCAAUGAAUACAGUGGGAAAGUUGAAGGCAACCCUUCACAAAUAUCCUCAGUGAACCAGAAAAAGCAGACUGUGUUGGAGACUAAAAGGGAUUACAAAUUAACAAAAACUAUUUCUCUGGGUAGUAGCUUCAUCGUUAAAGCAUCUAACCUUUUGAAUGAUUUUGAGUGGGUUGAACUUCUCUGUGGUCAAUGUUCAUCACCUCUUGGGUCAUACCCUUCUCAGCCUACGCUUGUCCCGGCCGAUGGCCGUGUACGACUCUUCAAGUGCUACACAUCUACACAACUUCCUGUUAUGGGGCCUCAUGAUGUGUUCAGGGGACAUACAUUGGAAAGAGUUUUUGUCAAUCUGUUGCUUGAAGUUGCAGAAGAUGAAAUAUCUUUUCGCACAUUAGUCAGAGAUUUGAAAACCAAAAGGCCCAUCCUGCAACUAGUUCUUCUUAGUUCAAAAGCAUGGUUAGCUUCUGGUUGCUGCUACGAAAAUGAUAUCUAUGGUUCACAUGGAACAGCAGAUCUGCAGCCUAGUGUUAAACUCUUGUAUUCGGAUUAUAGCAAUGCUUCAGAAGCGGACAUAAGGAUAGUAGAAGAGUGGUCGUCCAAGUAUCGGGCUGAAGAGUUGUACAUGAUGAAGCGUCAAAUAGAUGGACUUACUGAAUGCCUAAGCUCAGCAAUGAACAACUUUCCAGUUUCUUGUUCUUCCCUUGAAGGGAUGCACCUUUCAUCUCUAAGGCGCUGACUUGAGUAUAUGAUAGAGAAAUUUUAUUUUUUGUAUCAAGAGGGAUCUACAACAUAGAAUCCUGAUAGGCAUACGAGAUCAUCCUCUGUUUCUUCUGACCUUGCAGCAGGUCCCCUGAUCAUCUCUUAUUUAGACUGCAAAAUGCUGUGGCUUGUCCUCUGCUCUCAGAAAACAUGGUGACCCUGAAAUGGAGUAAUGGCUAAUCAAGCUAUGCAUGACUUUUUUUUCCUUUUGUCCAGCUAGCCUCUGGUGAAUGUUUGGCAUCAUGUUGUAGCUAUGAAUGUUUAAAUGACCAACAUACUAACCAACUCUUAUUCCCCAUAUCA